CUACGCUUACGCAUCGAGCAGGAAGCGGCGGUUAUUGGCUGAUGGCUGGUAGCGUGGAAAUAUACGAUCGUUCAGUCGAUGUUUAGCGCUUCGCGAUAAUAGUUGGCGCGCGGUUCGGGAGAGCAGGUCGCGGUACGUUCUCGUGGCUUGUUGUGGACUCUAGUUCUGAUACCUACGAUGAGCAGCGUGGUCACGCUUGGUGUGUUUUUAUUUUGCAAUCAAGAUCUCUACGGUGGCAGGUAGUAAAAGUGUGGAGAAUUGAAUCAAUGUGAUUGUGUUUAUUGUUUGGUUGAUUAGUAGUACAAAUAAUGGGGAGGUGUGAUUUCAAGUAUAAUCAUUUCAAGUGUUUCAUUAUAGCAGGACUUCUCAUCACGCAAUGUAUCCCAACGCAAAGCAAACCCCCACCAAACAUCGUGUUCAUCCUGGCCGAUGACCUCGGCUGGAAUGACGUGGGCUUUCACGGUUCCUCGCAAAUCCCGACUCCAAACCUGGACGCUCUAGCCUACUCGGGUGUCAUUCUGAACCGCUACUAUGUGACGCCAAUUUGUACCCCGUCCAGAUCGGCUCUGAUGACGGGAAAGUAUCCCAUUCACACGGGAAUGCAACAUGCCGUCCUGUACGGUAUGGAACCUCGAGGGCUACCGCUGACCGAGAAACUGCUGCCACAGUACUUGAAGGAACUUGGCUACAUGAACCACAUCUACGGCAAGUGGCAUCUAGGUUCCUACACCCGCAAGCACACUCCACUGGAACGUGGUUUCGAUUCGCACGUCGGUUUCUGGACUGGCCAUCAUCACAUGUUUGACCACACGGCUGUCGAAACUAACGUGUGGGGGUUGGAUAUGCGUCGAGGUUUCGACGUGGCUUAUGAUCUCCAUGGCUACUAUACAACGCACGUGAUAAGGGACGAAUCGGUGGCGGCGAUCCGGAGGCAUAAUACUUCACAACCGAUGUUCCUGUAUGUAUCACAUGCAGCGACUCAUUCGGCGAAUCCGUAUGACUUUCUACCGGCGCCGGACGAGACCGUGGAAAGGAUGUCGGGCAUUUCGAAUUUUGCGCGGAGAAAAUUCGCUGCCAUGCUAACCGAGUUGGACCAGUCUGUGGGAGCAAUUGUCCUUGCCCUGACUGAACGAGGCAUGCUGGAAAAUUCGAUUAUUGUAUUCAGUACUGACAACGGUGGCCCAGCGGAAGGUUUCAACAACAACGCAGCAUCCAAUUGGCCUCUCAGGGGAACCAAGAAUACCCUUUGGGAAGGUGGUGUCCGCGGUGCGGGCUGCAUAUGGAGUCCGUUGAUUGAGAAACGCCGACGAGUUUCCCAUCAGAUAAUUCACAUCAGCGAUUGGCUUCCGACGCUACUGGAUGCAGCUGGAUAUGAUUUGGAUAAUCUUCCAUCAAACUUGGACGGAAUUAGCGUGUGGAAUCAGCUUCGGAAUGGCAAUGCUACCGAUCGUCACGAAAUCCUGCACAAUAUCGACGACAUCUGGGGAAGCGCAGCUUUGACCGUUGAUGACUGGAAAGUGGUCCAUGGGACCAACUAUGAGGGCAAGUGGGAUGCUUGGUAUGGACCAGCCGGCGAUCACGACACCAAGUCCUACAACCUAUCGUCAGUAUUCCAAUGCCCAACCGGCAAGACUCUGAACAAACUGAAAAUGCUUCCACCGGAGGAGGAAAUCCUUAAUCUUCGGCGUAAGGCAACCGUCCACUGUGCGAACGGAACGGAAAGUACGUGCAAUCCGCUGGAGUCGCCUUGUCUGUUCGACCUUACCAACGAUCCGUGCGAGUUGGUAAACUUGGCCGACCAAUACCCGGUAAUACUGGAAGCGUUGUUGGACAAACUGAGCGACUAUAAUGCGACGGCAGUGCCUCCGGGGAAUAUGCCACUGGAUUUGCGUGGCGAUCCACGUUUUUGGGGCUACACGUGGCAUAACUUUGGUGACGAACUGGAGAUGUUCGAGUUCGAGAACAUGACUGAAAGUGCAUUUUUAUAAUACAAGAUGACUGAAAUACAAAUACUAUGUGGUAUACUGUAAA